AAAACAAAAAUGGAGGACAAAGAUCAGGCAAUCCCUCUCGCACCCCCAACCCGCGACGAGGAAUCGGCCAUCCAAAGCCCCCUCCGCCGCCGCCGCCGCCCCACCCGUCGUUGCGCCCUGUGGUGCUGCGGCAUCUGCGGCACGACCAUCGUCGUUCUCGGCGUCAUCAUCCUCAUCCUCGCCCUCACCGUCUUCAAAAUCAAAGACCCCGAAAUGACCAUGAACAACCUCUACAUAAACCGCCUCUUCGUCCCCGGCCUCGGCACCCUCGACAACCCCACCAUCUCCGUCAACGCCACCCUCACCGCCGAUAUUUCCAUCAAGAACCCUAACGUCGCUUCCUUCCGGUUCCGCAACAGCUCCACCGAGUUCUUCUACGGCGACGAGACCGUCGGCGUCGCCUACGCGCCGGACGGCAACGUGAGGGCGUAUAGGACGGCGAGGAUGAACGUGACGGUGGAUGUUUUGGCGGAUCGGGUGGUGUUGGAUACGAACGCGACGGGAUCGGCUGUGCUCGAUGGGGCGGUGAAUAUGAGCAGUUAUACGGAUAUUGCUGGUAGGGUUAAUGUGCUCGGCGUGUAUAAGUUGAAUAUGGACAUACAUCUUAACUGUAGCUUUACUUUGGAGGUCUACCAGAGGGCUAUCAGCAACAAGGUAUGCUUUGCGUAUGUUCAAUGAUGAUGAUGAUGAUGAUCAUUUUUUUUUUAAAGGGAAGGGGCUUUUGUUUGGGAAAUUAAUACGUGCGGUCACCGGAUAGUUCAGAGGCGAAUCAAGAUGCACCACAUCAUCCGAUAUAUAGCGGUACACAACAAAAAAGUGAAGUGGAGCGUUCUGAUUUGCCUUCGGACAGUUUUCGGUGACUGUGCGUAAUAAUUUCACCUGUUGAUCAAGAAAAAUAUUACGUGCGGGGUGUUCAGAUUCCAAUCACGUGAAGACACAAGGUGUGUACCAGAAAGAGAAAAAACAAUCAAUGUGUCUUCACAAGAUUAGAGUCCGGAUAAAAAGCUGCUUAAUAACUCCUUGAUGAGUGUGUAUAUACAAUUUGAGGGUUAUGAAUGUUUUUUUUAUUUUUUUAAAAGAAA